GGUCCGGCAGGACUCUUUGUGGGGAUUCACUGCGGUGAGACGCAGCGAGGAAGCUCCACUGUCACUUCACAACAGCCUUUCUGUCUUUAAUAAAGAUGCAGACCUGGGUUGUGAUCUGUUGGGCUAUCUUUGCCGUGGUCGGUGCAGAUGAGUGUCCGGAUGGAGGCAGGUGUGCAGAAGGUCAAACCUGCUGCAGCAGCCCAACGAACGGCUAUGGCUGCUGCCCGUUUGAUCAGGCUGAAUGCUGUGAGGAUCACAUCCACUGCUGUCCAGCAGACACGAUCUGCGACUCAGAGGCGUCCCGCUGUGUGAACGCCACCGUGUCCAUCCCAUGGAUGGAAAGGAGCUCCGCUCUCCAGCGCACAGUCUCUAAAUCCUUCAGGAUGAUCAAGUCCUACAUGGGUGAAGACGACGAUAACAUCUGUCCCGAUCAAUCACGAUGCCCUGCUGAGUUUUCCUGCCUGAAGGCUUUGACAAAGUUUGGAUGCUGUCCGCUAGCAAAGGGAAUCUCCUGCUCUGAUGGAAAGCACUGCUGUCCUGAGGGCCACCACUGCAGCAUCGACAGCCGCUCCUGCAUCAAAAAAGAACUUGUGACAGCCGUCCAGUGUAGCGAUGGCGUUUCUGAAUGCCCGGAUGAAACGACCUGCUGUGAGACUCCAGAAGGCAAAUGGGGUUGCUGUCCAAUGCCAAAGGCUGUGUGCUGCGAUGAUAAGAAACACUGCUGCCCUGAAGGGACAACAUGCAACAUUGAACAAAUGAAAUGCAUUUCCAUAUCUACCAAAAAGGAGCUGCCCAUGUGGGCUAAGUUCCCUGCCAGACAGAGAGCAGCCUGGGAGAACCAGAAUGAAGGUGAAGAAAUUACCGCAAAGGCAGCUGAUGAGAAAGAAGCAGAGAAAUCCACUGAAGCUGCUACAGCCAAUCAACUUUCUCCUCUGAAGGAGGAAGUGACUGUGUCAUCUGUUGCUAAGGCAGACGGAGUUUACAAUGUGGCUUGCAAUGAAACGGCCGCCUGUCCUGAUGGCACCACCUGCUGCAAAACAAAGGAAGGCGGCUGGGCUUGUUGUCCUCUGACAGAGGCUGUUUGCUGUGAAGAUUUUAUACACUGCUGUCCAAAGGGGAAGAAAUGUAACGUGGCAGCAGGAACAUGUGAAGACGGCCUUCUCUCCAUCCACUGGUUUGAGAAGAAACCAGCGAUCUUCAGACCGGGUGUGGAGGUGCAGGUGAAGAAUGUGCCAUGUAACGACACCGCCGCCUGUCCUGAUGGCACCACCUGCUGCAAAACAAAAGAAGGCGGCUGGGCUUGUUGUCCUCUGAUCGAGGCUGUUUGCUGUGAAGAUUUUAUACACUGCUGUCCAAAGGGGAAGACAUGUAACGUGGCAGCAGGAACAUGUGAAGACGGCCUUCUCUCCAUCCCCUGGUUUGAGAAGAAACCAGCGAUCUCCAGACCGGGUGUGGAGGUGCAGGUGAAGAAUGUGCCAUGUAACGACACCGCCGCCUGUCCUGAUGGCACCACCUGCUGCAAAACAAAAGAAGGCGGCUGGGCUUGUUGUCCUCUGAUCGAGGCUGUUUGCUGUGAAGAUUUUAUACACUGCUGUCCAAAGGGGAAGAAAUGUAACGUGGCAGCAGGAACAUGUGAAGACGGCCUUCUCUCCAUCCCCUGGUUUGAGAAGAAACCAGCGAUCUCCAGACCGGGUGUGGAGGUGCAGGUGAAGAAUGUGCCAUGUAACGACACCGCCGCCUGUCCUGAUGGCACCACCUGCUGCAAAACAAAAGAAGGCGGCUGGGCUUGUUGUCCUCUGAUCGAGGCUGUUUGCUGUGAUGAUUUUAUACACUGCUGUCCAAAGGGGAAGACAUGUAACGUGGCAGCAGGAACAUGUGAAGACGGCCUUCUCUCCAUCCCCUGGUUUGAGAAGAAACCAGCGAUCUCCAGACCGGGUGUGGAGGUGAAGGUGAAGAAUGUGCCAUGUAACGACACCGCCGCCUGUCCUGAUGGCACCACCUGCUGCAAAACAAAAGAAGGCGGCUGGGCUUGUUGUCCUCUGAUCGAGGCUGUUUGCUGUGAUGAUUUUAUACACUGCUGUCCAAAGGGGAAGACAUGUAACGUGGCAGCAGGAACAUGUGAAGACGGCCUUCUCUCCAUCCCCUGGUUUGAGAAGAAACCAGCGAUCUCCAGACCGGGUGUGGAGGUGAAGGUGAAGAAUGUGCCAUGUAACGACACCGCCGCCUGUCCUGAUGGCACCACCUGCUGCAAAACAAAAGAAGGCGGCUGGGCUUGUUGUCCUCUACCUAAGGCGGUCUGCUGUGACGACCAUGAGCACUGCUGCCCUGAAGGCACCACCUGUAACCCGACCAGCACCGGUUGUUUACAAGCUUCAGCCUCAACGCCCUUCAUACUGCAGGUUGCUGCGUUCACCACUCCGGUACCCACCACAACAACCCAAAGCUUGGUGACAACACCAGCAGAGACCAGUGAAGAGGAUGAGCGACCCACACAAGAGGGAGAUAAUGAAGAGGAAGAGGAGGAGAAGGAAGAAGAGGGGAAUCAGUGUGAUGAACACACCAGCUGCCCUCGGGACACAACCUGCUGCUUUAUGCAGUCAUGUAAGAAGUGGGGCUGCUGCCCACUGCCAAAGGCCGUGUGUUGCGCCGACGGUAACCAUUGUUGCCCGGAAAACUACAAAUGUAACGAGGACAAGACGACGUGCGUCAGAGGGGAAGUGGAGAUCCCGUGGUACACCAAACUCCCCGCCAUUACCAGCGUCCAGGUUGAUCCCAACAACGUCCAGUGCGGCGACGACCACCAGUGUCCUGAACGCACCUCCUGCUGCAAGCUGUUCACCGGCGAGUGGGGCUGCUGCCCGCUGCAAAAUGCGGUGUGCUGCUCAGAUAAGGAGCACUGCUGCCCACAGGGCUACACCUGCGACGUCCUCUCCAAUAGCUGCCAGAAGCUCAUCUUGCUGCAGCUGGAGACGCUCCCGCUGAUACCGGUGUUCCUCCCGGAGCACCGUCUUCAGUUCGCGCCGCUGAAGCACAGAGACGUCCAGUGUGACGCGCAGAAAAGCUGCCCAGACAACAACACCUGCUGCAGGACGUCUGCCACCACCUGGGGCUGCUGCCCGGCUCCUCAUGCGGUGUGCUGCAGCGACAUGAAGCACUGCUGUCCCUCCGGCUUCACCUGCACAGAGGAAGGCUCCUGCGAACAGAACUCCGGGCUCAACUGGCAGACAUGGGACAUGUUCUCCACCAACAAGAAGAGAGCUCUAAUUCUAUGAAAACAUGCUGAAAUUAAUUUCUACUUGAAGAAAAUAAAUAUAAAAUACAUUUAAUACUUUAUGCUAAAACAUGCUAAAUGGUGAACAGUAAAACUGAAUUGCACUUAAGGAGGCUCUUAGGGAACGUGAGCUUAGAUUGAAAAGUUUCUGUCUGCAUGUUUGGUGCAACAGAAGGUUGUUUUUCUCCUGCACACAGUUUAAUACUUGAAACUCUAACAAAUCAAGAAAAAACUGAAACACUCCGAAUACAACAUAAAUAUUCUCACUAAAUCAUUGUUGUCAUAAUCUGCUGCAGCUGCCUUUUGUUCACAAACUGCAUUCCUCUGUCAAUAAUCUGUCAUUUUUCUCUAAAUCAAUAAUAACCAAUGACAGUUUGGAAUGGACUGUUACAUUUAAAUGAUUAACAUUAAUUUUGUUGGUAAAUCAGCUUGAGACUUCAUAUUGAAUUGAAAAAAAAGUGUGGAUCGUUGAUUCAUUUAAUUCUUCUCAUCAAUCAAACUUAUUGAUUUGGGGCAAAACUAUUAAUUUAAUUGUUGUGGCUUAAUUAAAAAACAAAUCUGUGUUUUCCAUGAAACUAAUAAACAAGAAAUGACAUUAAAA